AUGGAUUGCAUUCGGUGCAAGGCUGUCAUUGAAGGGAGCACCAUUGACCCGGCCAAGGUUAUUGAGAAUGCGCUAAGUGCUCAAAUGGAGUUUAUUGAAAUCAGAAAGGUUCCUAGUGAUGAAGUGGCUGUGAACAACAUUUUGAAUGUCCAUCCUGCUUCCUGGAACGCACCUUCAGGUGAUUUUGUGAAAAUAAAUGUGGAUGGAGGAUGGAUUGGUGGCACUCUGAAAGGUGGCAUUGGUGUUGUUAUUAGAAAUAUUGAUGGUCAAUUUGUUGGGGGUUUAGCUAGUCCUAUUUGCUAUGAUUCAGCACUAGCUGCGAAAGCUCAUUCAGCAAUUAAAAGGCUUGCUUUGUUAGCUAACCUUGGCUUUAGAGGUGUCAUUGUGGAAACUGACUCAAAAUUGCUUAUCAAUGGGAUAAAUGGUGACUUUUAG